AAAGAUACCACAGUAUGGAUGUCGGUGUCCUCCGAUGAGACAGACUGCAUGACAGGUGGUCAGCCAGUGGUAGAUUCCUCUGCAGACCACCGUAUCUUUUCACCUUCUUUACAAUCCUUAUCUAGCUCGUCUUCCCCUUAUCCGUUCUUUAUCUUUCUUCAUCAUCUUGUCCUACUUGAUGGACUUAAACAAGCCACCUCCUCCACCUAGUGACCGAGUGAAUAGAACCACGGAGCGUCUCGCGCUCUAUCAAAACCAACUAGGCCACGGUCAACCUCCAGCAACAACGACAGCACCUCCGCCGACAACACACCCACCCCUCAGACUACGCACAAUGGCUCGCGAUCCCAUAACCUGUCACGCCCUCAACACCUUGACAGGCACACCCGCUGCCAACCUCCCCGUGACCCUAAGCCUACUUUCAAAUUCCGCCACCAGCAGCAACAGCUACAAACCCAUCCUUACAUACUACGCAACCACUGACGCGGACGGACGAGUCAAGCGCUGGACAUCCGCAUCGUCCACCGGAUCGACGAGCGUCCCCGAGUUCCUCGCCGCCCUACCGGCCGAUGACAGCAAGACCAGUUGGUCUGUGCGGUUUGAGACGGGGCCUUGGUAUGCGGCACAGGGCCUGGAGAGCUUCUGGCCGGAGGUGGAGGUGAAAUUUGUGGUCAAGGGACGGGGGAUGGAGGGGGAGGGGGGAUGGAGGCAUUAUCAUGUUCCGGUGUUGUUGGGGCCUUGGAGUUAUUCAACUUAUCGGGGGUCGUAGAUAGAUACCAUGGAAUGAAGUAUUGACAAUACAUAACAGCAGUACUGUUUACUUUGCGAUACUCAAUAUAUGAUUCAAAUCGUUCUGGACAAUGUUUAGUCGCGCAGUGCGGUACUUGUGGUUGACGUAUUCAAGUAUCGUACCUGUCCCGGCGGUCUGGAGAUUGAUAUAACUCGCAUGAAUAGGUCAUGUUUACAAUUACAUUCUGAGCAAUAUCAAGCCCAGGAUCCAGCGAUGAAUCCAUGUUCCUUGCAUCGAGUCAUGCGAAGAUCCAAGGAAUUGUCUGAGCUUGAUACGCGUUCAUCGUGCCCAGAUAUCAACUUAUUCACAGCACUCCGGUUAUGCAUUCUCCAGAUAUCCAGCAUUCCGUUCCUCCACC